UUGUUGAAAUGUAACAGAAGUCAUGUAGUUUGGUGUACAGUAGACAUGUUCUUCAGUAUCUCUCUCCUUGUACUUUCUGUCCUCCCUUUGUGCGGGGGAAUGAAGAGUGGUAUUAUUGGAGGAAAUGAAGUGAAACCACACUCCCGACCCUACAUGGCGUCUGUUCAGAUUAACAAAAAACACGAGUGUGGUGGUUUUCUUAUCAGAGAUGAUUAUGUGCUCACCGCAGCCCACUGUGUUGACAACAUUGAUCACUCUGGAAAGGACAAGCUGGAAGUCUUACUCGGAGCUCACAACAUCAAUCAAAAGGAGUCCCAGCAGCAGAGAAUCCAAGUACAGAAAUACAUCCUGCAUCCCUGUUACGAGCGGGGCGAACGUCCAAAUGAUAUCAUGCUACUGAAGUUGAAGUCCAAAGCUAAAGAGAACAAGUCUGUGAAGGUGAUCGGUCUUCCGAAGAAGGACAAGAACCUUCCAGCCCGUCAGGAAUGUUCAAUAGCUGGCUGGGGAAAGACCAAACAGAACAGCGCCGAGUCGAGUGUCCUACAAGAGGUCAAACUCAAAGUACAGUUUAACUUUGAGUGCAGAAAAAUUUGGGAAAAGUAUUUUGACACAAAGAGCAUGAUCUGCACUGUGUCUGAUGGGAAAAAAGCUUUUUGUCAGCGAUUUGGGAUGACAAAUUUUACACUGAUAGCAUGAUCUGCACUGUGUCUGAUGGGAAAAAAGCUUUUUGUCAGGGUGAUUCGGGGAGUCCUCUUAUCUGUGGAAAUGAACCACAAGGAAUGGCUGCAUAUACCUUUCGGGAAAACUGCUUAAACCGCAAGUAUCCGGAGGUAUAUAUGAAGAUCUCCUACUUUCUUCCAUGGAUUAAAGACAUUAUAGGCUAGAAAGUGAACACAAUGGAAGUAACCAAAAUCCAAUAAAAUAUACCUUGCAUGUAUGAAA